CGUCCCUACGAGAACAUGCCUCUCGCAAAGGAUCUCCUUCAUUCCUCUCCAGAAGAGGAGAAGAGGAAACACAAGAAGUACCUGGUGCAGAGCCCCAAUUCCUAUUUCAUGGAUGUGAAAUGCCCAGGAUGCUAUAAAAUCACCACCGUCUUUAGCCAUGCACAAACAGUAGUUUUGUAUGUUGGCUGCUCUGCUGUCCUCUGCCAGCCUACAGGAGGAAAAGCAAGGCUUACAGAAGGAUGUUCCUUCAGACGGAAGCAGCGCUAAAAGUACCCUGAAUCA